UCUUCCAAAAAUGCAUUAUGACAUAACAAAACAUUAACAGAAUGCCGAACCAAAUCCAAAGUUUGGUAAGUUUCAAUUUCGUAUUGCAAUUAACACUUUUGCAUAAUUAGGGUGUGUGCCCUUCAAGUGUAUACAAGUGAACAUAUUUUCAAUUUCAUGAUUAUGAUGAUACAAUCAUUUUAUAUAAGCUCCUGAGAAUAAAUCUGGAGAAAGGAACGAAAAUGUCUGGCAACGGUGAUGCCUUGGAUUAUGCCGAACUUUGUCGACUUCAAAGCACCGAUGCCUCGCGAAGUUAUCGGUAGUCAAAGUCAUCAAAAAAACUUCCAGUGAAGUGGGAUAAUAGACGGCAAUAAUGGCAUCUAUUUCAAGAGAGGAAGUUGUUGUAACCGAAAUCAGUCCAGAAGAAUAUCCUGUGGAGGUAAAAAGAUGCAUAGUAGAAUUACGAAAACAGCGACAACGCCUUUUUGUUGAACUUGGUAAAAUCGAUCACGAAAGGAAAAAACUUCAAAAUGACAUUCGUAUUUUAACUGACAGGCUAGCUAAAAUAUCUUUCGAACAAGCUCAGAAAAUGCAAUUCAAAAUAGACCUUGAAAAGACCAUUGACGAAACAGAAAGUGCAUAUUCAAAGCUCAUUGAGACAUCCAAGGGUUUAUAUAAAACCGUGAAUGAAACGAAGAAAAGCAUUCAGGACCCAGACCAAGGAAGUCGCACCGAAAUGAGAAGUACUGGAAUGGGAUCCGUCAGAGGGCCCAUCAGUGACAACAGGACAGAUGGAACAGCAACUCCGCCUCUAGUUCCCCUAGAAGCCACAACGUCCAAUUGAAGAACGUAAUACACAAUUUUUAUAAUUACAGGGAAAAUAACGGCCUUGUGUUGUGACUAUUUUAGAAUGAUAACAAAAAGUUAUAUUAUUCACAGGAAAGAAUACACAUUGAUAGCAAUUACCAUUAAAAUUUUGCCGUUUUUUUGUACACCCAAAAGUCCGAUCUCAAUUGAUGACUUUUCGUAGACCCGCUAUUUAGAAAAUAUUUAUAUUCAUUUCAAAAAAAUGAAUAAUUGUUCAAAUGAACUCAUUUUAGGUAUGACACCUUUUUUUUCUCAGUCGUGGAGUCUCUCAUAGUAUGCCCGAUUGACGAACAUAUCAUAUUUAAACGGUUAGUCGGUUGCCACAAGCAUGGUUUGAAAAUUUACAUGCGGAGCCAUUCAAUCCGAAAACAAAUUCUGUUUCCACCUGGGCAAUUUUCCAUUUUUAGAAAAUCUUAACCGUGAUUGCCAUCACUUCAUAACUAUCCGAGGAGAACAGAAUAGAAAUCUUUUGAAUAUAUACACCAUAUAUAUUGUAAAUUUUAGUACUGUAUAUAUAUAAAUAUACAUACAUUUAUUUUACACAUUAUUUAUUCAAUUUAAUAUAAGCAAUUUUUUCAAUGAAAAUAUGUAGCGACAAGUUAACCUGGAAAGUUAUAUCGUUCAAGCAGGCCAUUUUUAGGUAGC